UUUUGCUUUUGGUUUUCUUUUUAUCGCAAAGGGAGAUUGCUGAUUUGGAAAUAUAACGCACCCUCACCAUCAUCUUUGGAUUUGUUCUUGGUUCUUCUCUUGCACCUUGGGACUGGAAAUCGUCAUGGUGUGAUGUGUUCCUGGACUGGGACUGGUCACCUACACAGCCUGGAUCUCACUGAGUCCUGGACAUGGCUGAGCCUCUUCAAUGGGCCAGAUACCACUGGCAACGGCUGAUGGGCAGUAGAACCAGGGUAGACGACGGGAGGCUGUACGACUACUCCUCGCUGCUUGCCUGUGGGGGAAAGUCCACCCAUAGCCCUAAACUGGCAGGAAAACACCGCAUUGUUAUUCCUCACCUCCAGUCCUUCAAGGAUGAGUAUGACAAGUUUUCUGGAACGUACAUGAAUAACCGAAUACGAACAACAAAAUACACGCUUCUGAAUUUUGUGCCAAGAAAUUUGUUUGAACAGUUUCAUAGGGCUGCCAAUUUAUAUUUCCUCUUCCUAGUUGUCCUGAACUGGGUGCCAUUGGUAGAAGCUUUCCAAAAAGAAAUUACCAUGUUGCCUCUGGUAGUGGUCCUUACAAUUAUUGCUAUUAAAGAUGGCUUGGAAGAUUAUAGAAAAUACAAAAUUGACAAACACAUCAACAAUUUGGUAACUAAAGUUUACAGUAGGAAAGAGAAAAAAUAUCUUGAUUGUUGUUGGAAAGACGUCACCGUUGGGGACUUCAUCCGCCUCUCCUGUAAUGAGAUCAUCCCUGCAGACAUGGUAUUGCUCUUUUCCACUGAUCCUGAUGGGAUCUGCCACAUCGAGACUUCUGGUCUUGAUGGAGAAAGCAAUUUAAAGCAGAGGCAGGUGGUGCGGGGCUACGCAGAGCAGGACUCUGAAGUGGAUCCUGAGAAGUUCUACAGUAGGAUAGAAUGUGAAAGUCCAAACAAUGACCUCAGCAGAUUCCGAGGCUUCCUAGAACAUUCCAACAAACAACGUGUGGGUCUCAACAAAGAAAAUUUACUGCUCAGAGGAUGCACUAUCAGAAAUACAGAGGCUGUCGUAGGCAUUGUGGUUUAUGCAGGCCAUGAAACCAAAGCAAUGCUGAACAAUCCUGGGCCACGCUAUAAACGUAGUAAAUUAGAAAGAAGAGCAAAUACAGAUGUACUCUGGUGUGUUCUCCUUCUGCUUAUAAUGUGUCUAAUUGGUGCAUUGGGUCAUGGAAUCUGGCUGAGCAGAUAUGCAAAUGUGCUCUUUUUUAAUAUUCCUAAGCCUGAUGGACAUGUUGUAUCGCCGGCAUUGGCAGGAUUCUAUAUGUUUUGGACCAUGAUCAUUUUGUUACAGGUCUUAAUUCCCAUUUCUCUCUACGUUUCCAUUGAAAUUGUGAAGCUUGGGCAAAUAUACUUUAUUCAAAAUGAUGUGGAUUUCUAUAGUGAGAAGAUGGACUCUACGGUACAGUGCCGAGCCCUGAACAUUGCUGAGGAUCUGGGUCAGAUUCAGUAUCUCUUUUCUGAUAAGACAGGAACCCUCACUGAGAAUAAGAUGGUUUUUCGAAGAUGCAGUGUAGCAGGAUUUGAUUAUUGCCAUGAAGAAAAUGCCAAGAGACUGGAGUCAUAUCAGGAAGCUGUCUCUGAAGAUGAGGAUUGUACAGACACUCUCAGCAGCUCCCUCAGCAACAUGGCAAAACCAAGAGCUCCCUGCUGCAGGAUGGUCCAAAGCAGGCCUCUGGGAAGCAAGCCCCCAGAUCAUCUCUCUGGGAGCACGUCUGCCAUAGGCGAUGGAGAAGGAGCCACUGAAGUGCUUCGUUCCAGACAGGCUGCUUUCAGCAGCCCCAUUGAAACUGAUGUGGUACCAGACACCAGGCUUUUGGACAAAUUUGCUCAGAUUACACCUCAUCUCUUUACCCCACUAGAUGGGGCCAUCCAGGAGCCACCACUGGAGACUUUGUGCAUCAUGGACUUCUUCAUUGCUCUGGCAAUUUGCAACACAGUAGUAGUCUCUGCUCCUAACCAACCAAGACAAAAGAUCAGGCUUUCUUCACUGAGUGGAACACCCAUUAAGUCCUUGGAGGAGAUUAAAAACCUCUUCCAAAGACUGUCUGCCCGAAGGUCAAGUUCACCGUCCCUUGCCAGUGGGAAGGACUUGCCAUCGGGGAUCCCCGGCACCUUUGUGAGCAGACUCCCUCUUUUCAGUCGGAUGAAGCUCACUUCACCUGUGGAGGAGGCGGCCUCAGGGAUGCAUGAGAGCCUACAGGGCUGUAGUGACACCGCUGGCUGUACAGAGACUGAGAAACCCGGCAGCAGUGCAGGCCUCCCAGAUGGCAAGGUGGACUCCCUCCCCAGAGCGUGCCUGGCCUCCAGCCUGUGUUACGAGGCCGAGAGCCCAGAUGAAGCAGCCUUGGUGUAUGCCGCCAGGGCUUACCGAUGCACUUUACAGUCUCGGACGCCAGAGCAGGUUGUGGUGGACCUUGCUGCCUUGGGACCAUUAACAUUUCAGCUCUUACACAUCCUGCCCUUCGACUCAGUAAGAAAAAGAAUGUCUGUUGUUGUCCGGCACCCCCUUUCCAAUGAAGUCGUGGUGUACACCAAGGGUGCCGAUUCUGUAAUCAUGGAGUUGCUCUCAGUGGCUUCCCCAGAUGGAGCAAAUCUGGAGAAACAGCAAAUGAUAAUAAGAGAGAAAACCCAGAAACACUUGGAUGACUAUGCCAAGCGAGGAUUGCGUACUUUAUGUAUAGCUAAGAAGGUCAUGAGUGACACUGAAUAUGCAGAGUGGCUGAGGGAUCACUUUUUGGCUGAAACCAGUAUUGACAACAGGGAAGAAUUACUCGUUGAAUCUGCUAUGAGACUGGAGAACAAGCUAACAUUACUUGGUGCCACUGGCAUUGAAGACCGGCUGCAGGAGGGAGUCCCUGAGUCGAUAGAAGCUCUUCGCAAAGCUGGAAUCAAGAUCUGGAUGCUGACAGGAGAUAAACAGGAGACAGCUAUCAACAUAGCCUAUGCAUGCAAGCUGCUGGAGGCAGACAACAAGCUCUUUAUCCUUAAUUCCCAAAGUAAAGAUGCCUGCGAGGUGCAGAUGAGCAUAAUUUUGAAAGAACUUCAGAAGCAAGUUCCAGCUUCUCCAGACCAGGCAUGGAUAAGAAAGGGCUCCGCUCAGCCUGCUGUCAUUCGAGACUCUGGGCAACAGGCUGGACUUGUUAUCACUGGGAAGGCCCUUGAAUUUGUCCUGCAGGAGAGCCUGCAGAGGCAGUUCCUGGAGCUGACUGCUUGGAGCCACACGGUGGUCUGCUGCCAGGCCACGCCCCUGCAGAAGAGCGAGGUGGUAAAGCUGGUGCGCAGCCAUCUCCAGGUGAUGACUCUGGCCAUUGGUGACGGUGCCAAUGAUGUUAGCAUGAUCCAAGUGGCAGACAUUGGGGUAGGGGUCUCGGGCCAAGAAGGCAUGCAGGCUGUGAUGGCCAGUGACUUUGCCAUUUCUCAGUUCAGGCAUCUCAGCAAACUCCUACUUGUCCAUGGGCACUGGUGUUACAUGCGCCUUUCCAACAUGAUUCUCUACUUUUUCUACAAGAAUGUGGCCUAUGUGAACCUCCUUUUUUGGUACCAGUUCUUCUGCGGAUUCUCAGGAACAUCCAUGACUGACUACUGGGUUUUGAUCUUCUUCAACCUCCUCUUCACAUCUGUUCCUCCUAUUAUUUAUGGGGUUUUAGAAAAAGAUGUAUCUGCAGAUACCCUCAUGGAACUGCCUGAACUCUACCAGAGUGGUCAGAAAUCAGAGGCAUACUUACCCCUCACCUUCUGGAUCACCUUGCUGGAUGCCUUUUAUCAAAGCCUGGUCUGUUUCUUCGUGCCUUACUUUACCUACCAAGGCUCAGACAUUGACAUCUUUACGUUUGGAAACCCCCUGAACACAGCUGCUCUCUUCAUCAUCCUCCUCCAUCUGACCAUUGAAAGCAAGAGUUUGACGUGGAUCCAUGGGCUGGUGAUCAUUGGCAGCAUCUUGUCUUAUUUUUUCUUCGCCUUGGCCUUUGGAGCCAUGUGUGUGACGUGCAAUCCACCAUCCAACCCCUACUGGAUUAUGCAAGACCACAUGCUGGAUCCAGUGUUCUACUUAGUGUGUGUGCUCACAAUCUGCAUUGCCCUUCUGCCCAGGUUUACAUACCGAAUUCUCCAGGGAUCCCUGUUUCCACCUCCAAUCCUGAGAGCUAAGCACCUGGACCACCUAACACCAGAGGAAAGGGCUGAGGCUCUUAAGAAGUGGAGAGGGGCUGGAAAGAAGAACCACGUGACACCCCAGCGUGCAGACCAGUCCACCAGGAAGUCGGGAAGGAGGCCAAGGUCUGGCCAUCCUUCUGCUCUUGCAAUGAAGUCAGCGACAUCCUGUGCUGCUGAGCAAGGACACUUGCCUCUGUGUGAAACUGCUUUUCCAGGCUGCCACCCAGCAGCUGAGGCUCCAGAUGUGACAAGACUCUAAAAUGGGAAGAGGGCAGGUUUCCCCUCUCGAGACACAACUGUUCUUUCAAGUUUGAAAGGACUUGGAAGAGUGACCUCUAUCAAGCACGGGUGACUGAAAGGUUUCCGUAAUGGGUAGCACAAGCAUCUCACAAGGCUGGUGAAGCUGACAUAAUGACCAUUACGAUAUGUAUCUACAGUUGUAAAAGAAGAAUGUGAUUUGUCCCAAACAGUGAAGAAAGUCAAAUAUUUAAGUAAGAAUCAAAUUGUGAAAUACUGUUGGACUUGCUAAAAGGUGUUUUUUGUUUGUUUGUUUGUUUGUUUGUUUUUAUCUGGAUCUUGCUAUGCAGUUCAGGCUGGCCUUGUGCUCACUUUUGCAGCCCCCAGGCUGGUCUCAAACUCACAAGGACCCUCCUGUCUUGACCUCCUAAGUGCUGCGGUUACAAGUGUGCACC